AUGUCACGAGCCGUGGCUCUCAAUUCAUCUCAUCGUCAUGAGGCCCAAAGCUUCGACAUUUUUGACGACAGGUCUUUGACCCCGGACAAACACGCCCAUGUCGACGCCACUGGGAACAGCGACGUGCUUAAAGAGCUGUCGCAUGGCCAAAGCCAGAAUCGAGUAACACCUGCAGUUCUGGCAAAGAGUCCGCGAAGGGACCCGACUUCGCCAGAGAACAAGGCGGCCAAGGCUCAGAGCAACAGGCGAGCAAGCCGUGCCCGACGUCCGCAAAUUGAUUCAGAGACGUUUGAGCCUCUCGGUGCCGUUCCAGAAGAAACUAGCAGCCUCAUAGAUCCUGAAGAGAAUCUUGUUGCUAUUUCACCAGCCACAAAAGACGACAAGGUGAAUGGUUAUCAUACAAAACUGAAUGAAGACCACCUCCCUGCUAUUCUGGACCCAAAAUCUGCUCUCGAGGGACAGGUCGAGAAACAUCUCGCAGGUCAGUUCGAAUGGAUCAUGACGUAUCCUGCAGAAGCAAGUUCCCAAACAGCCAAUGGUCCUCAAGACGAGUACAAUGCGGGAAGCGAGUCUAGGAGUCAACUCUAUGGCUGCAAUUUGCUGCCUGUCAGGCGACGUCGCACCUCUCAAACCGGGUCUGGAAUCGCAACUGACAUAUAUACCCUUUUAGCAACACCGCUUAACAAAGAUUCAUACCCUACUCCUCAGACCAUGGAUGGCACGAGGAGCGCAGACAGUCUCGUCUCUUUGGCAAUGUCGCAGGCGCCACCACCUCCUUAUCCUGGCACUCCGCUAAAGGCUCCCGAAGUAGUGACUAUGGUCGAGCAGGCGAUUUCGCCGUCUCUCACUAUCAUGAGCGAAAAUAGUCCGAGCGUGGUGGCUGGUUCGUCACGAACCGGAUCCUUUUCAAUCCCUCGAAUUGAGGAUUCCCUGGAAGAGUUGGACAGGCUUGAAGAGGAGCUCGAGGCAAUUCACGAUCUAACUCUCCCUCGCGGGUCGACAACCGCCAACACGCAGGCUUCCGAGCCUAAUCCCGUGACUCCUUCUGGUGUGACACCAUCGGCCCCUGCGAAAUCCAAGGAAGCUUCUGUUGCUGGGUGCUCCGCGACAGUCCGUGCAAGGCCCUCUCAGAAAGCGCGGCCCUCCUUGAGAAGAUCCGCAUCCUUGACGCUCCGUGGAAAGAGACGCGCGCAGCAAGAAUCAUCAGAGAGCCAAAAGUCAGAAUCCAGCGUUUCUCGUAGCCAAUCCAGCAUUAAUCGCCUCAGUGCACCAAAGCAUCCUAUCAAGUCUGCCAAACCACCUACUGUGCCCAAAUUUGAGUUGCCAGGCGAGGCUGUAGCACGUCGCCUGAAGGAGCAACGUGAGGCUCGUCAAGCUCAGCAGCAGGCAGAGGCCCAGAGAACCCAGGCUGCUAUCCCAAAACCAAGAGUCACGAAUAAGCCUUUGCCCAAACCGACGUUUGAGUUGCCAGGCGAAGCCAUCUCUCGCCGCAAGCGAGAGGAACGGGAGGCCAAACUGAAAGCGGAGGAAGAAGAGCAGCGAAAACGACGGGAGUUUAAGGCUCGACCUGUACGACACAGUAUUGGGCCGUCUACGCUACCCCGGGAAACACUGACAAGCCGCGCUCGCCAGAGCCGAGCAUCCCCGGAAGCAAAUGGCGAGAAUGACAGCCAGGGUGCUCAACGAAAGCGCAUGUCUGUUGGUGUUGUCCGCUCCGUCCCAGUACCCUCUCAGGUUGGCAAUUCCUCCCAGACGCGGGGACGAAAUUCGACCAUAGCUUCUGCCACUGAAGAGAGUCGAGCAGCUUCGACGUCGACGGGUAGUGCAGGUGGCAAGCGGAUUUCGGUAUCGUUGGAGGAACUACACGUGCAGAGACAACGAGGCAAGGACAUUUUCACACGAGACAACUGCUACACGCAGGAUAGGGAAAAAAGCAAGCGAGAGAGAGAGCUUGCGGCCAAGACGGCACGGGAACAAGCUGCUGAGCGUUCUAGAAUUGCGAGUCGGGAGUGGGCCGAGAAGAAACGUCUGAGGGAGCUGGCAGCCAAGCGGGCGAAGGCGACACAGGAAGCCGGAAAGGAGGUGAAGGCGUGA